AUGUCUGAAUUGAAAACAGGUCAUGCAGGCCAUAACCCUUGGGCUUCAGUUGCCAAUUCUGGUCCGAUCUCCAUUUUAUCCUACUGUGGUUCGUCCAUUUUAAUGACCGUCACUAACAAGUUCGUCGUCAACUUGAAGGGCUUCAACUUGAACUUUGUUAUGCUAUUCGUACAAUCUCUGGUCUGUACUUUAACUUUGGUUAUCCUGCGUACAUUGGGCUAUGCUAAGUUCCGUUCCCUGAACAAAACAGACGCCAAGAACUGGCUCCCUAUUUCAUUUUUACUGGUUUUAAUGAUCUACACUUCUUCUAAGGCGUUACAAUAUUUGGCCGUCCCAAUUUACACUAUUUUCAAGAAUUUAACCAUUAUCUUGAUUGCUUACGGCGAAGUGUUAUUCUUUGGUGGUUCAGUCACCUCAAUGGAGUUGUCUUCAUUUUUGUUGAUGGUCCUCUCUUCUGUUGUUGCUACCUGGGGUGAUCAACAAGCUGUGGCGGCCGAAGCGGCUUCUUUGGCUGAUGGUGCUGCCGGUGCUGUCGCCGUUUUUAACCCAGGUUACUUCUGGAUGUUCACCAACUGUAUCUCUUCCGCAUUAUUUGUUCUUAUCAUGAGAAAGAGAAUAAAGUUAACCAAUUUUAAGGAUUUUGACACUAUGUUUUACAACAAUGUUUUGGCGCUACCAAUUUUAUUGAUGUUUUCUUUCUGCGUGGAAGAUUGGUCUUCUGCCAACUUGGCUAAAAACUUGUCUAAUGAUUCGUUAACUGCUAUGAUCAUCAGUGGAGUUGCAUCUGUCGGUAUUUCUUAUUGUUCCGGUUGGUGUGUUCGUGUCACUUCAUCCACUACAUAUUCUAUGGUAGGAGCUUUAAACAAAUUACCAAUUGCCUUGUCUGGUUUAAUUUUUUUUGAUGCUCCAAGGAAUUUCUUAUCCAUCCUUUCUAUUUUCAUCGGUUUCCUCUCGGGUAUUAUUUAUGCUGUUGCUAAACAAAAGAAGCAACAGGCCCAGCCUUUACGUAAGUGA